CACUUUGCCUUGCAAUCUUUACGAGGCAGCUGCAAGCCAGCAGACGACACCACCAGAGACUGUUUUGGACAUAGGAUACAGUGCGUUGUUGGUGGAUUUGUUUGAUGAAGGGAGGAGAGAGAGCAACACUACAGCAGCAUCAUCUCCUGCAGACCUCAGCUUGGAAAGAAGAAGGGAUUUGAAUUAAGCACCAAGGAGCUACAGACAGCAGCUGUGCAGCCUUCACAGAGGGAGAGAGAGAAGGAAGAGGGGAGGGAGGGAGGACGACUGUUUUGUAUCUUGCAGGCCCGGGCUAGGAGAAGGGGGAGGAGGGACAGAGAAUGAGCUAUUCUUGCACCAGCAGACGCAACAGCCAGGACCCGUCAAGCCCUAAGAAGUCUACCGGUAAUAAUCCUGGCAGUUGCGGUGGCGGAAGAGAUAGCGGAGGAAGCAGCAGUAACCCGAACGCAAGCCCAAACCCGAACGCAAACCCAAACCCAACGGCAGCGAUGAAAGUCAAGAAAGGCUGCAACUCGACGGACGUGGGGGUCCCGGCGACCAAGGAGGAGGACCUUCUCGCGAACACAGUGAUCACUCCUGAGGACGUACUGGGCUUGCAGAAGAUCACCGAGAACUACUUGUGUGGGCCAGGUGAGAAUGUGUACUGCAUUGACUUCACCAGGUUCAAGAUCAGAGACAUGGAGACAGGCACAGUGCUGUUCGAAAUCACCAAACCUCCUAAUACAGAUAAAGCAGGAGAUAAAAGGGCCAUUGAUCCAAAUGCCGGGAGGUUUGUCCGCUACCAGUUCACCCCCGCCUUCCUCCGCCUAAGACAAGUUGGUGCCACUGUUGAGUUCACCAUAGGAGACAUGCCCAUAGAGAACUUCCGGAUGAUUGAGAGGCACUACUUCAGAGAGAAGCUGCUCAAAAGCUUUGACUUUGAGUUUGGCUUCUGUAUGCCCAGUAGCAAGAACACUUGCGAACACAUCUAUGAGUUCCCCCCUCUGUCUGAGGACGUCAUGCGAGAGAUGAUCCUGCACCCAUACAAGACGCAGUCCGACAGUUUCUACUUUGUGGACAACAAGCUGGUUAUGCACAACAAGGCAGACUACUCCUACAGUGGCGGCCCCUAGAGGAUGGAGGACCAACCAGGCUCCUGCAGACAGACAGACAGCGGGACCAUGUUACUCAGUGGCACUGAUACCAUGCUCUCAUCCUCCGUCUCAGCCCCCGGUGGAAAAGCUACGGAAACAACACUGAACAGACCCAACUAGAACACAGUUGCAGCGUGUGACUGUGCCUAUGUGUGUGUGUGUGUGUGUGUGUGUGUGUGUGGGUGCACAAAUAGCUUGUCUGUGUCAGAGCCUGGGAACACAUGCACCAACACACAUACACACACACACACAAAGCGACACAGAGACAAUAAGACCAGCAAGUCUCUGUAUAGGACCAGUAGAGGCUAGAGAAUAAACAAAUGGAUGUGUGUGUGUGUGUGUGUGUGUGUGUGUGUGUGUGUGUGUGUGUGUGUGUGUGUGUGUGUAUAAAAUGUAUCUUUCUGUAUAUUUAUUCUGUGGGUGUGAGUAUGAUUGUGUGUACACGUCUGUAUGUUUGUUAUGACUGUGUGUGUGCGCGCAUGCAUAUGUGAGUCUGUCAUAACAUAUCAUGGUAAAUCACUGGUAAAUAUACAUGUACAUUUCACAUUAUAUUUUAUGUUUAUAGACGAUAGGGAAUUUUUAUGGAACUUUAUGGUCAGAGGACUUUCCAAAUACAAUUUAAACUAGUUCAUUUUGUACAGUGCCUUCAGAAAGUAUUCACACCCCUUGACCUUUUCCACAUUUUGUUGUGUUACAGCCUG